AUGACUGCAUUUGAAGAAUUUGGUGUACUACCAGAAAUAUCAAAGGCUUUAGAUGAAUUGGCUUGGAUGUUACCUACUGAUAUUCAAGCUGAAGGAAUUCCUCUGGUACUUGGUGGAGGAGAUGUACUUAUGGCUGCCGAAACUGGUAGUGGAAAAACAGCGGCAUUUUGUCUCCCAGUUAUUCAGAUAGUAUGGGAAACUUUAAAGGAUAUACAAUCUGGAAAAUCAGCUAAGGCAGCUAAAAACAGCAUGUCUAUUUCCAUGGACAAUGUCAACUCUAGACAGAGGAAACGCUAUAGCGGUAGCUCCUGAUGGUAAAAGGGUGCAAUCAAGAGAACAAAAAGAGUGGCAUGGAGUCAGAUGUACAAGGGGAGUAAACAGUGGAAAGUGGGGAUUUGAAGCCACUGUAACUGAUGAAGGACUUUGUAGAGUAGGUUGGUCUACACUGACAGCAAAUUUGGAUCUAGGUACUGACAGAUUAGGUUUCGGUUUCGGAGGCACAGGGAAGAAGUCAAACAAUAAACAAUUUGAUAACUAUGGAGAACCAUUUGGCAAGAGCGACGUCAUCACUUGUCUAUUGGAUGCAGACUCAGGAGAAAUAAAAUUUUUGAAAAAUGGAGUGAAUCUCGGUACAGCUUUUAAAGCUGAUAAACAAAUCAUUAGUCAGGGAAUGUUUCCAGCAGUUGUUCUAAAGAAUGCAGAAAUGGAGUUUAACUUUGGAGGUACCCCAUUUAAGCAUAGUUUACCUGAUGAAUACAAACCAAUAAUCGGAAUACCCAACGAUAAAGUUUUUAAAAAUACAAAUGGUCAAAAUGAUGAAGCUGGUCAAGGAAUCAAGCUCAUGAACAACGCACCACAAGCAAUCAUUAUUGAGCCAUCUAGAGAAUUGGCCGAACAAACCAGCGAACAGAUAAAAAAAUUCAAGAAAUAUUUAAGUGAUCCUGAGAUCCGCGAACUUCUGGUCAUAGGUGGAAUUAAUAUUAAAACGCAAAUCUCCCAUCUUCAGAACGUUGGCGCUGAUAUAAUUGUUGGAACACCUGGAAGAUUGGAGGAUCUGAUUACAGGAGGAUACUUGUCUCUAGCCAACUGCCGAUUUUUUAUUCUUGAUGAAGCUGAUGGUUUACUUAAACAAGGAUAUACAAAUUUGAUCGAACAACUACAUAGACAAAUGCCAAAGGUUACAUCAGAUGGAAAACGCUUACAGAUGAUUGUGUGCAGUGCCACGUUGCAUGCGUUCGAAGUUAAGAAAAUGGCUGAAAAAUUGAUGUAUUUUCCUACAUGGGUCGAUCUAAAAGGAGAAGAUGCGGUUCCAGAAACAGUUCAUCAUGUUGUAGUAACUGUAGAUCCCCAAAAGGACAAGUCGUGGGGUACUUUAAGAAGACAUAUUAAUACAGACGGUGUGCACAACGAAGAUAACGUUAGGCCCGGCAAUAAUAGUCCCGAAACAUUGAGUGAAGCAGUCAAAUUAUUAAAAGGCGAAUACUGCAUUCGAGCCAUAGACAAACAUAACAUGGACCGAGCUAUUAUUUUCUGUCGUACAAAACUGGACUGUGACAAUUUGGAAAAGUACAUGAAGUUGAUCGAUAGAAAUCGCUACUCCUGUGUGUGCUUACACGGUGAUAGAAGACCUAACGAAAGAAAAGCCAAUUUGGAAACUUUCAAAAACAACAAAGUAAAAUUUUUGAUUUGUACUGAUGUCGCAGCUAGAGGACUUGAUAUAACUGGCCUACCAUUUAUGAUUAAUGUCACGUUGCCGGAUGAAAAAUCCAACUAUGUGCACAGAAUUGGACGUGUAGGAAGAGCUGAAAGAAUGGGUCUUGCCAUAAGUUUAGUUAGUACAGUACCAGAAAAAGUGUGGUACCACGGUGAAUGGUGUUCAUCAAGAGGAAGAAACUGCUGGAAUACCAAUUUAAUCGAUAAUCAACCUAAGGGAUGCUGUAUAUGGUACAAUGAACCACAGUUCAUUGCUGAUAUUGAAGAACAUUUGAAUAUUACCAUUCAGCAAAUCGGACCCGACAUGGAGGUACCACAAGACGAAUUCGAGGGUAAAGUUAUUUAUGGAGAAAAGCGAAGAAAUCUGGGCUCCCUCUAUGAAAAUCACACCGCGCAGAUGGCGCCCAUUGUCAGAGAACUGACCAAGUUGGAAAGCAGUGCUCAACUGCUUUAUGUCCAAAGACAUCUAACAAAGUUAGCUAGAACUUGCUGA